AUGCUGUUCUACUCUUUCUUCAAAUCCCUCGUCGGGAAGGAGGUCGUAGUCGAGCUGAAAAACGACGUCUGCCUACAUGGAACCCUCCAUUCCGUCGAUCAGUACCUCAACAUGAACCUACACGAGACGCAAGUCACCGAUCAAGACCGUUUCCCGCACCUAAUUGCCGUCAAAAACGCGUUUAUCCGCGGCUCGGUGGUCCGAUACGUGCAGCUGCCCGAAGAUCAGGUCGACACCGGACUGCUAGCUGACGCGAGUCGCAAGAGCUGGCCAAUAACGGAAAUAGACUUUCUAAAUAUCGUGAUGUUG